AUGUCAUCAUAUAUCGGAAACCUCAUGUCGGCAGCGUCAUAUCUUGAUGCACUACCAGAUGAGCCUCACGAUUUUAGAAAACCCACCGCCAAGGUGGUCACAACGCAACUGACCAUUGCUACUUCAUUAGGGUUAUUUGCUUUGCUCUCGUUCUCAAUUCUGUUAAAGAAGUGGCCAAGGUUAUAUGCAAGCAGAAGAUAUAAAGAUGAAGGCAAUCUCCGGUUACCAUCUUGGAACCAGUCAAGCUUAUUUGGUUGGCUAACAGUGUUGUAUAAAAUACGAGAUGAACAGAUCCUGGAAUACGCAGGUUUAGAUGCAUAUGUGUUCUUGAGAUUUUUCAAAAUGUGCAUUAGGUUACUGUCUGUUUUUUGCUUCUUUUCCAUAUGUGUUAUAUCUCCAGUGAGAUAUCAUUUUACUGGAAGAAUUGACGAUGGCAACGAUGAUGAUGAUGAUAAUUAUUUCAUGCAUCUAGUGAAAAGAAUUGUGGAUGGAAGUGGCGAUGGUGAUAACCACUCAGCUCCCGAACGUACAAAUGUGUACCUUUGGAUGUAUGUCAUAUUCACGUACUUUUUCACUUUUAUAGCUAUUAAAAUGGCAGUCGCCGAGACAAAGCAUGUUGUAAAUACUAGGCAAGCUUACCUUGGUAAGCAGAACACCAUUACCGACAGAACGAUUCGGCUGUCGGGCAUCCCAAUAGAGCUUCGUGAUUCGGAAGCUUUAAAGACCAGAAUUGAACAAUUAAAAAUCGGUACCGUUUCAUCGAUCACUAUUUGUCGAGAAUGGGGUCCCUUGAAUGAAUUAUUUCAUUGCCGAAAGAACAUUCUAAAAAACUUGGAACUAAAGUAUGCAGAAUGCCCUAGGGAGUUACGUACUCGACAGCCAAACGCGGAAAACUACCACUUACUAGGAUCUCAGCAAGCAGGUGGCCCUUCACACGAGGAAAAUAUCUCAUCAAACAAUAUUAAUGAGGACGAUGGUAUCCUGUAUUCUCAAAUUUCCCUUGGUGAAAGACCAAAAAUGAAAAUUGGGUAUCGUGGUAUUUUUGGGAAGGAAGUAGAUGCUAUAGAAUAUCUCGAACAGCAGUUAAAGUUCAUUGACUCAGAAAUCAUUGAGGCGAGAAAGCAACACUAUUCUGCAACACCUACGGCGUUUGUAACAAUGGAUUCCGUUGCUAAUGCACAGAUGGCAGCGCAAGCAGUGCUAGAUCCUAGGGUACAUUACUUCAUAACCAGAUUGGCCCCUGCUCCUCAUGACAUCAAAUGGGACCAUGUCUGUCUUUCCAGAAAAGAUCGGUUAACAAAAGUUUAUUCCACUACUGUAUUUAUAGGGCUAUCGAGCUUGUUUUUGGUCAUUCCUGUGUCAUAUUUAGCCACAUUGCUUAAUUUGAAGACCCUUUCCAAAUUCUGGCCAAGUAUGGGGCAGUUGUUGAAAGAUCAUCAAUGGGCCGCUAACAUUGUAACAGGAUUAUUGCCAACGUAUAUUUUCACGCUGCUUAACUUUGGCAUUCCUUACUUUUAUGAAUAUUUGACUUCCUAUCAAGGGUUAGUAUCAUAUAGCGAGGAGGAAAUCUCACUUGUUUCCAAAAAUUUCUUUUACAUUUUUGUUAACCUUUUCUUAGUUUUCACAUUAGCAGGUACCGCAUCUAACUAUUGGGCAUACCUCAGUGAUACUACAAAAAUUGCUUAUCAACUUGCUACAUCAGUAAAGGAGUUCUCAUUAUUUUAUGUCGAUCUAAUUAUAUUGCAAGGUAUUGGUAUGUUUCCCUUCAAACUGCUUUUAGUCGGUAGUUUGAUUGGCUUUCCAUUGGUGAAAAUCAAAGCUAAAACCCCAAGGCAACGGAAUGAACUCUACAAUCCGCCGAUAUUCAAUUUUGGACUACAAUUACCACAGCCAAUUCUAAUUCUGAUUAUAACACUGAUUUAUAGUGUAAUGAGUACAAAAAUUUUGACAUCGGGCUUGGCGUAUUUCAUAAUCGGAUUCUAUGUUUACAAGUAUCAAUUGAUUUUUGCUACGGAUCAUUUGCCCCAUUCCACAGGGAAAGUAUGGCCACUAAUCUUUAGAAGAAUUAUUGUGGGAUUGCUAUUAUUUCAAUUGACCAUGACAGGAACACUGGCAGGAUUCGAAGGAGGAUGGGUUUUGUCAUCCUGUCUUUUCCCACUACCAGUGAUGACAUUAUGCUUCCUAUACGACUUCGAAAAGAACUAUUUGCCCUUAUCACAAUAUAUUGCAUUGAGUUCAAUUCGAGAAUACGAAAGGGACAAUUCUACGGUUAACUCCACCAGUGAGGAGGAGUCAUAUGCAUAUCCUUACGCUGUAAGUGAAUUAGAGGGUCCAAUGUUGGACUGA